CCUUCAUAUUCUAUGGAUGACUUCAAAUCUCAUUUUAGACUCACAAAAAGUUCAACAGAAGAAGUUAUAAAAUUAUUAAAUUCAAAGAGAGAAAUGAAAGUAAAAAAAGGACGACCUCUUAUUUCUUCUACAAAGGAAGUAUUAUUGAGUAUUUGGACUCUUGCUAACCAAGAAUCAUUUAGAGGUAUUGGAGACAGAUUUGGUGUCAAUAAAGGUCAUGCACACACAAUCUUUAUAGACUUCUGCCAAAAAAUGUGUCGUAUGAUUGGCAAGUUUAUUACAUGGCCAAAUGAUAACUUGGAAAGAACAGUUUUUAAGUUUGAAGAAUUACGUUCUGUUUCAUUGCCUGGAGUAAUUGGGUGUGUUGAUGGAACACACAUAUAUAUAAAAGCUCCAAAGGAAGACAGCCAGAGUUAUUACAACAGGAAAGGAAGGCACUCUAUCCUGUUGCAAAUAAUUUGUGAUUCUGAAAUGCGAAUUAUUGAUGCAUUUGUUGGUUGGCCUGGUAGUGCCAAUGAUUCUCGGGUUUGGCAGCAGAGCCCUAUUUAUAAUAGGUUUUUAAACGAAUCUUCAAGGUAUUUAGGAGAUAAGUAUUAUUUACUUGGAGAUUCAGCGUAUCCAUUAGAUACAUUUUUAAUUGUACCAUAUAAAGAUUAUGGUAAUCUUACUGUAAAACAGAAAAAUUUUAACAGAAGACACAGUUCUAUCAGAGUUGUGGUAGAACAAACCAUAGGUCUGCUAAAAGGGCGAUUCCGUCGUCUGAAAUAUUUGGACAUGGAAAACAUUUCAUCAAUGUCAAAAGUCGUAAUGACAUCAUGUAUAUUGCACAAUUUAUGCAUUAAUCAAGGUGAUAUUGACUGUACAGAGGAUGCAUUUGUUGAUGAUUAUAAUGAACCUGCAGAAGACCCAAUUACAAGAAAUCGUACAGCUGCAGAAGUAAAACGUAAUCAAUUAGCAGAUCUAUUGAUGCAGAAUUGAAAUGUUUAUUGAAAAUAUAAUUUACAAUUGUCUUGUAGUUAAAUUAAUAAAUGUAGAGAAUAGUUUUAUACAAUCUAUUGUCAGUGUUCUUAAUAAGAUGUUUAUCACAAAUUCACUCAUCUAUCAAUUGAAGGGCUCCCUAUAGAAACAUUACAAACAACAAAUGUCUUUUUUACCAAGAAGCUAAAAAUUGUUUCAUUCU